AAAACUCCAUUUCUGAACAACAACGACAAGUGGUUCUACCCAUCCCCCAUCUUCCUCUUCUUUCUUAUCAUAUAAAAUAUUCUGCUUUCAAGAUUUACGCUUAAUGGCCCAUUCUACAUUUGUUGCUGCUAUCUGUGUUCUCAUUCUUUCACAUCCAUUUAUAUCAGGAGUGAAAGCAACGACCUUCACCAUAGAAAACAGAUGCGAUUACGUGGUGUGGCCUGGGAUUCUCUCAAACGCAGGUGUUCAAGCGCUUCCCGAAACUGGUUUCAUUCUCCAAAGCGGAGAAACCAAGACCAUUUCCGCACCCACAUCAUGGGGUGGUCGCUUUUGGGGUAGAACCCAUUGCUCCCAGGAUUCCACCGGAAAAUUCUCCUGUCUCUCCGGUGAUUGCGGUUCCGGGAAGGUAGAAUGUUCUGGGAACGGCGCUGCUCCGCCUGCAACUUUGGCUGAAUUCACUUUGGACGGUGCCGGUGGUCUUGAUUUUUUCGACGUGAGUUUGGUCGACGGUUACAACGUCCCCAUGUUGGUGGCUCCGCAGGGUGGUACGGGCCAAAAUUGUACCAACACCGGCUGCGUCGUUGACCUUAAUGGCUCGUGCCCUUCGGAGCUGAAGGUAAUGAGCACAGACGGCAGAGAUGGGCUUGCUUGCAAGAGUGCCUGCGAGGCAUUCGGCGACCCUCAGUACUGUUGCAGCGGCGCGUACGGUACACCCGAUACUUGCAAGCCAUCUUCGUACUCGGAGGUGUUCAAGACAGCUUGCCCACGCGCCUACAGCUAUGCCUAUGAUGACAAAACCAGCACCUUCACAUGUGCCAACGCUGAUUAUACAAUUACCUUCUGCCCUUCGCCCAACACUAGCCAGAAAUCAUCACAAGGGCAGCAGCACCAGCAGAACACGGAAACGACAACGAGUACGACUACGAUUAUCAAUGGCACGAUGGUGUACGAAGGUGCGUUGGACGAGAGUGAGGCAUCAUCACUGUCCACGUGCACCCACGUGAUGGGCAUGACAAUGGCAAUUUGGUGGUCAUGGCUACUCUUCUAACUUGUUCAACAUAUAGUAUAGGUGUUGAUGAAAGAGCUCAGUUGAAUUGCACUUCUCCUCGCCGUUUGUCCUGACACCACAUAAAGGGCCGAAUGCAAGACGGAGGUUGCUCCAUGGUAGUAGUUAGUUUUAGGAAUUUUUUAUAUUAUUCAAAAGGUUUUAUUAGGUUUAUAUAUAUUUAAUUGGAGGGGAUGGGAUUCAUUUAAUCGUUUUGUUUCCAGGAAAUUAUAAUUAAUGUUACGCUAUUAUGUCUAUAUAUGAUUGAAAUAAAU